GGAUUCACAUUUGCAACAGGGAGGAGGACAUAGCUUAUUCAGAAACAAGGCAAGAAAACAUUUUCAGGCUGGGAAACGAUACUUUACCACGGAGAAGAAAACUCCAUCGACUGAGGGGGAAAGCAGUGAAGAAGGGGAAACCCUGUUACACUGGGGCUAUCAUGGUGGGAGAGCGCCGUAAUGGGAACCUGCUGGUUCAGCUUGGCCCGAAAAAGCAGGCAUACCCAGAGGAGCUGAUCCGACAGCGACGCACCCAUGACGGUCAGACAGAAUACUUAAUACGCUGGAGCCUCAUAACCGUGGAUGAUGGCAGCACUUCAGGCAGCAGUAGUAAUGAGGCAGGCGGCGGAAGCAGCAGCGGGUCAGGUGUGGGCGGCUCCAGUGGCUCCAGCUCAGGGGAGAAUAAGACAGAGAGCAUCCUGAUGUGGAUGUCCACCGAGGAUGUCUUCGCAAACUGCCCCACGCUGCUGGGCAAGCGCAAGGCCGACUCUCAGAGGCCCCUGCUGGAAGAGGAGAAGCAGGGACCCAGCGGGCAGUUCCCGACAGACGUCACCUUCGACGAGGUGGAACUGUCUGACAUGAAGGACGACGUGAAGAACCUGGUGCAGAGAGCCCGGAAGCAGAUGGCUAAAAACAGUGACUUCGCCAUCAGCAUCACGCACACCAUUCACGUGCUGAGCGCUUACGCCAGCAUCGGCUCACUGGUGGGAGUCUUCAAGGAGACAGGAGCCCUGGACUUGCUCAUGGAGCUGCUGUGUAACAAAGAGCGGCAGACCCGCCGCAGUGCCGGCAAAAUGCUGCGUGCCUUGGCCUCGCACGAUGCAGGCAGCCGUGCCUAUGUCCUCCUGUCCCUCAGCCAACAGGAUGGCAUUGAGCAGCAUAUGGACUUUGACAAUCGCUACACCCUGUUAGAGCUGUUUGCAGAAACUACGUCCUCUGAGGAGCAUGGCAUAUCCUUUGAAGGGAUCCACCUUCCUCAGAUUCCAGGGAAGCUGCUUUUUUUGUUGGUGAAGCGCUACCUGUGUGUGACAUCUCUGAUGGACAAGCUCAACACGGCAGGAGUGGAGUCCAGCUCAGAGCGACAGGAUGUAGGCCCCUCCUCCUCCUCCACGACGGGCCACCAAUCAGAGCAGUCACGUGUUCAGCGUGAGUUUGAGUUUACCAUGGCCAUGGCCAACCUCAUCUCCGAGCUGGUGAGGGUUAUGGGUUGGGACCGGAACCGCCAACCUCCUCUGACCUCCAGCGGCCUGGCUGGAGGCAUGGAUGAGAUGGAGGACGAGCUGCAGAGACGCACCGUUCGCUCCAUCUUCCAGCCCCGGUUCUCCGCUUCACCCUCGGUUGUAGCGGCCACAGCGUUGGCUGCUGCCGCCCCGCCCAAAAAGAAAGCCAGCAACGGCUUCAAGACACGCUCCGAUUUCACCACACGCUCAGCCUACGUAGAUUACGUACAGAUCAACCUGAAGAGCGGCAUGCUUGUCCGCAUGCUGGAGGAUUACGAAGAGGUCAGCGCAGGCGACGAAGGAGAGUUCCGCUACAGUAAUGAUGGCUCACCACCCGUGCAGGUGUACUGGAACUCCUUAUCCAGAACCUACUGGGUGCACUGGCACAUGAUUGAGAUCCUGGGCAAUGGCAGCAGUGGACAGGCAGAGAAGGAGACACAGGAGAAGGCCUCUUCUCUGACUGAGACACUUAAACUCACAGCAGUGAGUCAGACAUUCUUCUCGAAGCCCCCUGGUGGCUUGUAUACGUUGCCUUACCUGAUGGAGAGGCAUCAGGAUGAUGCCGGGACGCUGAGCCGUGCCGAAUGGUGGGAAGUGCUCUUUUUCAUUAAGAAGCUGGAACCAAAGCAACAGCAGGAGGUCAAUGACAUCUUACGACAGAACCUGGAUGAACAGGUGGCAGAGCUGGAUGAGACGACUCUGAUUCAGCUGUCAGUGUCGAGUGAGGUGGCGCGGAAAGUUCUGCACUACCUGAAGCAGAACCUGCAGGCCUCCUGUCUCGGCGACCUGCUUUGCUCGUACGCGUUCGUGAAGCAUUACCUGCGGCGAGGCGGAGCCAGUCUGGAGGAUGAGGAGAUGCUGACGGACAGCUCGCUCAGCUCAGCCAGUCUGGGAGGACAGGGGACUUCAUCUUCAUCAUCCAUCACAGCAGCGUCCUCCUCAGCCUCGUCCUCCACCACGUGCUCAGUGUCCAAGAAGCCCAAGAAAGAAAUCCCUGCAGACACGGGCAACUGUAGCAGCGACACAGAGAGCGAACUGCCCAAGGAGGAUGAGACCAAGUACCCUGAAGACCUGGAGGAGAAGAUGAAAGUGUUCAACAACCCGAAAGUUCAAGGGAAGAAGACUGCGGCGGAGAAGAUGGGGGAGGUGGUGGACAUUAUGAAGAAGAACAGCUCUGACCCUGGUUAUCAGCUGGCUGGUAUGAAGUUCAUCAGUAAGAUUCUGGAGGAGGUGCCGCCUCAGGAAAGGAGUAGUUUGAGGGCAGACUUAGUGCAGACCAUCCGGGACAAAGUCCUUAAGAUGUUGGUGGAGAUGAUUGGUGGACAGCCCAAGCAGAAUGCCGUUGCCGCGAUGCUGCUGACCCGUGCCCUCAUGCUGAAAUACGAGUGGAGAGUCUCCUUUGCCACAGAGGGGGGUGUCAAGGCCAUCCUUUCCUGCAUGCAGGAGUAUCCAACCUGUACACAAGUGCAGCAGAUUGCCCUGGCGACUCUUAAGGUCAUCACGGGGGCCAGUAAACACGACCUCCGCAGCGUGGGCAGCUGCAUGCCCCUCUCAGAGUCGGGCACACAGAUGAUGCUGGAGAUCUUUGCAAGCAUAGGCUCUGCCACACCAGAGGGAUCUAAGGGGCUUCUAAGUGCCAUUCCAGCUGCCAUUGAACUGAUGAGAAACACUCCAGGGUGCAGUCUCUCGGUACAGAACGGUCUGCUGGUUGUCAUAAUGCUGAUCUCCAAUCACAAGAGCCUUGCUGAGCAGCUGGUUGCCUGUGACAUCAGCACUGUGCUGAAGAAGUGCCUUUCCUCCCAACGUCCCGAGACCAUGCUGGCCAUAAUCGCCCUCAACCACAUCUCCAUGGUUCACAAGCUGGAAGAAAAAGAGUCCACGGAAGAGCUGAAUUUUAAGGAUACAGAGCUGAAGAUGCUGGUGGUGAGCCUGAAGGAAAUGACGGCCACUAAGGAGGUGAUCCUGACUCUGGAGAAGCUGUUGUGUGAUGACGCCCCGCAGCUGGAGGAGGAGAGGAAUGAGGUGACGCGUAGUCGGGACACCUUCCAGGACCUCGUACGCCUCAUAGACCAGUACCGCGUGGACCGGGCUGUGCAGCUCUCAAUCCUUAAAAUCUUGAACAAAUUCUUAGAUAACUAUCAGGAGGACCUUCUGCCAUGGCAUGAGAGCAUUGAACCUUGCUUGUCGUCUAUGACAGCCUUCAUCAGUGAUAGAGAUGUUGUUCAACAGUUCAUCCGUUUCCUCUAUCGGCUGGCCUCUCUGAAUAAAGACUAUGCAGUGGUGAUGUGCCGUCUUGGCACCAAAGAAGCUCUUGUCAAGGCCUUGGACAAGCACAGCACAAACGUGUUAAUGGUUACUGAGCUACGAGACCUAAUCAAUGACUGUGAGAAAUACGCCAGCCUCUACAAGAAAAUGACCACUAGUGUGCUAGCGGGAUGCAUACAGAUGGUUCUGGGCCAAAUAGAGGAGCAUCGCCGCAGCCACCAACCCAUCAACAUCCCAUUCUUUGACGUGUUUCUACGCAAUCUGUGCCAAGGGUCCAGUGUGGAACUUAAAGAGGAUAAAUGCUGGGAGAAGGUGGAGGUCUCCUCCAAUCACCAUCGGGCAAACAAACUGACCGACAAGAAUCCCAAAACCUACUGGGAAUCGAAUGGUUGCACAGGUUCCCACUUUAUCAACAUCUACAUGCACAAGGGUGUGGUUAUUAGGCAGUUGGCAAUGCUUGUCGCCAGCGAAGAUUCCAGUUAUAUGCCAGCCCGCGUCGUAGUGCUAGGUGGAGAUGACCCGACAAACAUCAACACAGAGCUCAACACAGUGAAUGUACCGCCCUCAGCCAGUCGUGUGGUUCUGCUUGAGAACAUGACCCGGUUCUGGUCCAUAGUCCAGAUAAGGAUCAAGAGGUGUCAACAGGGUGGCAUCGACACACGAGUGCACGGUUUUGAGGUUCUGGGACCCAAACCCACGUUCUGGCCGGUGUUUAAGGAGCAGCUGUGCUGUCGCACCUACCUCUUCUACAUCACUAAGGCCCACACCUGGUGUCAGGAGAUCCUGGAGGACAAGACCCAGCUGUUGCAGCUUUUCAGCAAGCUGAACAGUGCCCUGCGUCACGAGCAGAUGUUUGCUGACCGUUUCCUGCCGGAUGCUGAGGCUGCAGAGGCAUUGGGCAGGACCUGCUGGGAGGCUCUUAUUACCCCCAUAGUGCAGAGCGUGGCUGUCUCAGAAUCGGGCGGUUUGAGUCCAUUUUCCUGGUUGCUCAACGAGUAUUUGGAAAACGCUGAGUCAUCCAUGCGUUACAAGAGCCGGGCAUCCAUCUUCAACUCCCGCGUGCGCCGCCUGACUCAUCUGCUCGUCCAUGUGGACACCAGCCGAGUUGACACGGAGGAGUUGAAGCCUCCCACCAAAUCAAAAGGUAUCAACAGAAGCAAAGAUAUGAAGAAUGGAAAGGAGGGUAAGAACAAAGAGACGACUGCCAUCGCUCCCUCCUCCUCCUCCUCUGUCAAACCCAAAGUAAAGAGCACCAGUAGCAUUGCUGGAAUUGCACAGUGCUGGCAGGACGUGGUCCAGCGCCAGGUCAAAAAGUUCCUGGAUUCAAAUUGCAACCAGCCAGACUUUGUGGAGCGUUACAGGAACAUGUACCUCCGUCUGAAGAACGCUAUGGAGGAGCUGUUUGGCCAGCAGACUGCAUUUGUUCUGGCACUGCGCCAGGGAUUUUCCGCAGCUUUGCUGCAGCUGUCCAUCCUCACAGCCAUGCAUGUGAGUGAGCAGUUCGCCCAGUACAUAGACAUGAUGAUCCAGGAGAGCGGAGUGGACUCUGGGAAUGUGGAGACGCUUAACCGGCUGCAGCAGUUCCUGGAGCCCAUGCUCUUCCUCUCUGGACUGGAGCUGGCCAACACUUUUGAGCAUUUUUACAGGUACUACCUGGGGGACCGUCUGUUGGGCCAGGCGAAAUUAUGGUUGGAGAGCGCUGUUAUCGAACAGAUCGGCACAUGCUUCCCCAACCGCUUCCCCCUGCAGAUGCUGGCGAACCUGAAAGAGUCAGAGGAGCUCCAGCAGGAAUUCCACCUUUACCGCCUCCAGCAACUAGACAAGAACCUGCAGGACAUUGAGGAGGAGAUGAUGGUGGAGGAGACGGCUGAGCCCGAGGAAGAAGCCGAAGUGAAGGUGCUGGUCCUGUCUCCACGCUGUUGGGCUGUCUCCUCUCCCUGUUACCUGGAAGACCCUAGCAAUCACUUCCCCCACUAUCUCAGCAACUACCUAGCAGAGUUCACAGAAUUCUACUCCAACAGUCAGAGCAUGUAUAGCCUGAACCACAGUAAACCACGCAGGCUGCAGUGGACAUGGUUGGGGCAUGCUGAAGUAUCCUAUGGAUCUUGCACUCUCUAUGUUUCCACUCUGCAGAUGUACAUUCUACUGCAGUUCAACAACCAGGAGGAUGUAAGUGUUGAGUCUCUUCAGCAAGCUACUGGACUGUCCUCGACCGUAUUGGGCCAUGCACUCAAACCUCUGACCUCUGAGAAGGGCAUUUUGAUUCAUGUGGGUGCCAGCAAGGACCCACUGAAAGGAGUUCUUAAAUUGAACAAGCGAACUUUGACGCAAAACUCAGAGAAGAAUAGCUACUGCUACCUGCUGCCCAAGCAGACGUACCUGAACGUGGAUGAGGAUGCAGCGCGCACGCUGGAGAGAAAGAGAAACUACAUCUACUGCCUCAUCGUCCAGAUCAUGAAGAACGAGAAGGAGAUGCACAUUGACAACUUGGUGUUCAGGGUGCUGGACACCUGUCAGAAGCAGGAGGCAACGCGCUCCCCUGGCUCCGUCCGCUUCAGCUGCAGCACCACCGACGUGCUGUCCUGCGUCAUGCACGUCAUCAACAAGGGUUACAUUCGGCGGAACGAGGACAGCCCGCAUAUAGUGGAGUUCCUACCCGAGGACCCCUCCACGCCCCAGAAAGGCCAGGCGCAGUUCUCUUUCAGCAAGAUGGACCUGAAGAAAGCCUCCAGCAGCAGCGGCAAGGCCGACAUCAGCCUGGGAGGUUUAACUGUGGCUCCUCAGAGGCCGGAGGAUGGGGCGCUUGAGGCCGUUCUUUUCUCCAUGGGCCGGACCAUGACCCAGGAGGAGGUCCGGCAGCUGAUGCAGCGGACCGUCCAGCAAGUGGCGGGCACGCUGAGCUUGGACUUGGACCGGGCCGAACACCUCUUGGUGCACUGCAGGUGGAACGUAGACCUUCUGAUUCAGCGUUACACGGAUGACCCAGACUCGCUGGUGCUGGCGGCAGGUCUGAAGAUUCGCAACCCGCAGCCACCCCCUAGCCCCACCUCCCAGUGUCCCGUUUGCCUCGUGUCCCAGUCGGGUGAGAGCGACCCAGCGCCCACCCUCUGCUGCAUGCACUACUGCUGCAGGUCCUGCUGGCAGGAGUACCUGACUGCUCGUAUAGAACAGAACCUGGUGAUGAACUGCAACUGUCCCAUUACAGACUGUCGCGCUCAGCCCACCUCACAGUUCUUCUACAACAUCCUCACCGACAAGGACACUAUUGCUAAGUAUGAGAAUGCUCUCCUGCGUGGAUACGUCGAGUGCUGUUCCAACCUGACGUGGUGCACAAACCCACAGGGCUGUGACCAGAUCCUGUGCAAGGAGAACAUUGGCAGCAUGGGGACCUGCUCCAAAUGCUGCUGGUCCUCCUGCUUCAGCUGUAACUUCCCCGAGGCUCAUUAUCCGGCCAGUUGCAGUCACAUGUCCCAGUGGAUGGAUGAUGGGGGUUACUAUGAGGGGAUGAGUAUGGAGGCUCAGAGUAAACAUCUGGCCAAACUGAUAUCCAAGCGCUGUCCCAGCUGCCAGGCCCAGAUCGAAAAGAACGAGGGCUGCCUGCAUAUGACUUGUGCCAAAUGCAAUCACGGAUUCUGCUGGAGAUGUUUGAAGCCAUGGAAACCUACUCAUAAAGAUUACUACAACUGCUCUGCCAUGGUAAGCAAGGCAGCAAGGCAGGAAAAGAAAUUCCAAGACUACAAUGAGAGAUGCACUUUCCACAACCAGGCCAAGGACUUUGCCAUUAAUCUGGAAAACAAAGUCUCCUCCAUCAACGAAGCCCUGCAGAUGAAAUCGUUGACGUUUGUUAUCGAUGCCUGCAAGAUCCUUGCCCAGUCUCGCAAGGUGCUGGCCUAUUCUUGCGUGUACAGUUACUACAACCAGGACACAGAGAAAAUGGAUGUGAUGGAGCAGCAGACAGAGGCUCUGGAUCUCCAUACUAAUGCUCUGCAGAUCCUCCUUGAGGAGACCCUGCUGCAGUGUACUGACCUGGCCUCCUGUGUGCGUCUGCUGAAGCCAGAGCACAUUAACACUGGUCUGGAGCUUAUCCGCCGCAUCCAGGAGCGACUGGUCGCCAUCCUUCAACACUCAACCCAGGAUUUUCGUGUAGGAUAUCAGUCUAAGACGUCAUCAGAGCAGGAGAGUGCCCAGGCCUCAAAUCUUGCUAACCACACAGACACCAACAAAGAGUCCAAAUCAGACAGGGGCUCUGAUUCCGGAGACUCUGAUAAUAACAACUACACUGGUGAGGAGGCAGGAGAUGAGGCGGAGGAAGACGAUGAAUAUGACGAUGAAUACGUUCCAGAGUGGCACGAAGACUACGACGAGGACAUCGACGAGGACGACUUCUUCUCCGACGACGACGAAUCCGAGAACUUGGAGAGGGACUUCAGUCCUUUUGAUUAAACAACUUGCAGAAAAAAGAAAAAAAAAAAAAUCAAUGAUAUAGUGACGGUGUCAAAAGACACGGGAUGCAUUCACAUCACUACCACAUUCACUUAUGAGAGCAAGAGAAGCAGCUAACAGCGAAAAAAAACCCAUCAGAGGAAAUCAUGAGCUUGUUGGAAGAACGAGGGUUGAUUCAGUUUGUACACAGAAUACCAGACAGACGAGAUGAGCGCCAAAAAUUUUGGUUAAUGUUUUUUUUUUUUUUUUCUUUUUCUUUCUUUUUUUUUUUUUUGCUCUAACCACUCAGCUAUCGCUUUGAGUCCCUUGCUCAACACUUUGGUUAUUGCACUUCCAUUCUCGCUUAUGAUGUUUUUUUGCAUGGUGCAGCAAAAGGUUUAAUGACGUAAUGCUGUAAGUUUUAGCUAUGGUAGCUUUUCUUUGUUCUCACGUUUUCUCUGUUUUCCUUACCAGUUAAGGUACCAUGAGCGUCAAAAUCAAUGAAGGAACAUUUGGUGGAUACACUUCCGUGUGUGUGUGUGUGUGUAUACACACACACACACACACACAAACAGGCUAUGCUUUUAUUUUCACAGAUGCUGCUUCAUUAUUUACAAGCUACCACUGAAAAAUAAGGGAUUGUAUAACCAAGCGCUUCAGAAGGCUAUGUGUAAUUU